AUGAAGUACCUCGCAGCUUACCUCCUCCUCACCAUCGGUGGAAAGGCCUCCCCUUCCGCUAAGGACAUCACCACCGUUCUCGAGUCCGUCGGAAUCGAGAUCGACCAAGAGCGUCUCGACACCCUCAUCAAGGAGCUUGACGGAAAGGACAUCAACGAGUUGAUCGCUGAGGGUUCCUCCAAGUUGGCAUCCGUUCCAUCUGGUGGUUCCGGUGCUGCUGCCCCAGCUGCUGGUGGUGCUGCCGCUUCCGGUGGUGCUGCUGCUGAGGAGAAGGCCGAGGAGAAGGCUGAGGAGAAGGAAGAGUCCGACGAGGACAUGGGUUUCGGUCUUUUCGAUUAA